CAAAGCCAGCAGCUCACCCAGCUCUACCCCAGGGAGAGUCCAGCUCGAUGGCGUUCUCCUUUGUGUAUGAACUUGGACUUGUCUUCCCAACUGUGCUACCAGCCACCAGCCCCAGCCGUCUGCACACCUGCGCACGGAAGACCAGGGGGCUCUCUCACCGUGCGCCCUGCCCGUCAGCUGUCCCCUGAGGCUCACAGAAAGCCGUCUGUGAAAUAGCCUCUUGACCCUGGGGGUACGACACAGCAGUUUAUCUCUCCGGCUUUCUCACUCAUCGGCUAUCGCUUCAUGCCUAUCCCUCCUUGACCAGAUGCCAGCGAAGCCAGCCCCGACGACAGCAGGUUUCUUACGACGCAGGCUGAGUGUGUCGGAACUGACCCUCCUGCUCCAGCAGGUUUCCGGCGGAUCGCUGCUCUUGGCGGCUGAGUCAGAGAACAUACGCGGCCAUCUGGGAUUCGCCGCCUAACGUGGCUGUUGCAUUUUUUAAGUAAUAUGAGACCAUUCUGGAAGGAGCUUGGCCCUAGUGCAUUUUCCUACAGGAAACCUCCUUCCUCACGGUUCUAGCAUCCUGAGCUCUGGUUCCGUUGUUGCUGAUUGGGACCGGCGGGGAUGCCUUCCAGGGUUUGCUGAGCCUCAGCUGAAGUGCGGUUCUGCCACCUCCUCGCUGUGCACCGACUGCCAGUCCUUCGCGCCCCCGGAGGCUCGGCUCCCGCAUCUGAACGUUGAGGCCACGUGAGCGUCUGGAUGGGAGGCGUUUCUGAGAUGCAGCUUGUCUGGGCCUCUCUGCCCCUGCUGGAGGGUCCGGACGCCCGGCUGUGCUGGUUGUGGUCGCCGUCUGGUCAGCGUCGAACGGUUCUGCUCUCUCUGCUUUGAAUGGUUCGGUUUUGUUCCUCUGCUGCGGAGGCCGGCGUGGAGCCCCGGUCUGACGUUGAACCUUGCUUCCGGAGGGGCUUCUGGCCUCUGGCCUUGGCUCGUUCUAGCCAAGACUGGGGGACACACACUCCAACUAAUCUUGAAAGGUGGAUUUUUUUUUUUCUUUAUAUCUUGCUCUUUGAGCUGGGCCUGUAGGGACUCCGUGUUCUGAUUCUGGUUAAAUCCGUGCUCCUCCGUUUGCCAACUCUUUCCUUCUGUUCCUUGACCGAGCUCAUCUCCCCGCAGGCAGUCCUGCCUGUCCCUGAAUUCAUGCUGUUCUGGGUCUGUAAGCAUGUCCCCUGCUUGACGCCUUUGUGGCUCUGGUCUCUUCAUCUCUGUAAGGCUCCUGGGGGGCCCGGUGCCGACCGAAGCCUGCGGAGGACAGGAGGUGCUGAGGACAGUCCAGGGUCACCUGUCAUUGGAUUCCACACACGCGGGCCGCCGCAGACUUCCGUGGCACGUUCUGCUGACCUGCGUGGUGACUGUGGAGAGGACACAAAUCAAUACUGAUCAGUGGUUCAGGCCCCGAGUCCAGCCCUUGCCUUUGCUCAUCCCGUCGGCUUCCGACCUCUGAUGCUCUUCGUCCUUCUCCAAGAGCAUCGGCCCCACGUCCGGCGUCCGUCCUCAUGGCGCGUGCAGAUGUCACCCGGGAGAGCUCGGUUGUUCCUUCCUCCCCACCUGCUCCCUGUGGCUUCCACAGCGUGGCCUUCCAUGCAGCCGCUCCCACCCCCGGUGCUCCCGUGAGCUUUGCAGACUCAGGUUCCGAGCUGGAGUCCUCUCUGGUUCCCUCGUGGGUCUUGCAAGCCGUCUUGUCCGCUCUGGGCUUCAGGCCUGAUGUCAGCGUGGCUCCCAGCCUCACACCGCGGUCCCGGGGCCACAGCAGGUGCUGCGCACGUCAUCCCCCUGCCCACGUGCCGUGAGCCUCGACGGCCCAAACAUGCUCGCAGCUCAUGAUCUCACAUGCCCCUGCAACCCAUCCUUUGCCCAGCGUGCUCUCAGGAGAGGGUCUGGUCCCGUCCCUCCGGCUCUACCAUUUGGAAACCCGACCAGUUUCCCUGAUGCUUUACUGCCCACUCCCCAUCUGACCUCCUUCCUAACCAACCACCAUCACUUCCGGGUUGGCGGCACGUUGCCUGUACUCGGUCUUCCCCGUCGCCUGUCUGGUCCAAGCUGUCUGCGUUUGGGCGUAAUUUACUGUAACUUCUUGUCCGCUUUCUCCGCUGCAGCCGGCCCCUUUCAGUGGCUGUGCAGUGUGGUCUGAAACGCACGUGGCCGUCACAGUACCUCCUGGCCCUGCCUCCCCCCACGUGGCUGCCCUCCUGCAGUCGGGGCUGAGAUCAUGCACCGAGACAGUCAGGGAGACUGUCUGAGAAGGGGAUAUUUGAACAUAGGUCUGUAGAAGGUUUCUUCUGCACCUGAUCUGUCGAGUGCUUUCAUCCUGAGUGGCUGUUGGAUUUCGUCCCAUGCUUGUCCUGCGUCUGUUGAGACGACCGUCUGAUGAUUUUCUUCCAUUCUGUGGAUGUGAUCUGUCGCGUGUUGAUCUGCAGGAAUCGUCUCCCACGUCUGGUUCCUCGGCUAGGUGCUUCCUGGUGACGGGCAGAGGUCCCAAGCAACAUGCGGAACAGAGCAAUGACUACCGCGUGGCCGUGUUCGGGGCCGGGGGCGUUGGCAAGAGCUCGCUGGUGCUGAGGUUCGUGAAGGGCACGUUCCGGGAGAGCUACAUCCCCACGGUGGAGGACACCUACCGGCAGGUGAUCAGCUGUGACAAGAGCAUCUGCACGCUGCAGAUCACCGACACCACGGGCAGCCACCAGUUCCCGGCCAUGCAGCGGCUGUCCAUCUCCAAGGGCCACGCCUUCAUCCUGGUCUACUCCAUCACCAGCCGGCAGUCGCUGGAGGAGCUCAAGCCCAUCUACGAGCAGAUCUGCGAGAUCAAAGGGGACGUGGAGAGCAUCCCCAUCAUGCUGGUGGGGAACAAGUGUGACGAGAGCCCCAGCCGCGAGGUGGACAGCGGCGAGGCCGAGGCCCUGGCCCGGAAGUGGAAGUGCGCCUUCAUGGAGACCUCGGCCAAGCUCAACCACAACGUGAAGGAGCUCUUCCAGGAGCUGCUCAACUUGGAGAAGCGUAGGACCGUGAGCCUCCAGAUCGACGGGAAAAAGAGCAAGCAGCAGAAAAGGAAAGAGAAGCUCAAGGGCAAGUGCGUGGUCAUGUGAAGGCCCGUCCGUGGGAGGAGCCACGGCGUGUCCCCCCCAUCCCCACCCCCAUCCCCUUCCCCACCUCACGUGACACCCGCCGUCGUCAGGGCAGCAUGUCCGAUGCCCACGUGUUCAACAUCGCCUUUGGACCGAGCCGCGCGCCCUGUCCUCCCCAAGAGGGCCCUUCAUGCCACCACCGAUAAGCACCCCCUCUCCAGAGUCAGGGAUUCUGCCCAGCCCUUCGGAUGGACGCCCUGCCUUGCCCGGCCUCUUGGGGGCUGGAGAGGCGCUGGCUGUCUCCAAAGGCGGCUUCACCAGGAGGGGAUGGUCUGGGUUGGCGGGAGCGGGUCCCAUCUGCAUGCGUGCGACAGUGUGGGACCCCCAGCCACGGCCCACCCCGACCAGACCAUCCCCCCCAGCGCGCUCAAAGCUGGACACUCCUGGGGCCGGGAGGGGCAGGAGGGGAGGAGCCCAGGCCAAGUUCAUUCCAUUUCAGGUCCUUUAGCCGAAUUACAAAUAACAUGUCACAGUGGCCCCCGGAGGCUGCUCGCUGACGGGUCCCUGACGCGUGAGGUUCGCUGCUCGAGGGGGAGGCACUCCCAACACCAGACCUCAUUAGCGGGUGUCCCUGUCACUUUGGGGAGGGUUUAUUUCACAUACAGUGGUGGCAUCCUGCUGGGUCAGACACCCUGCAGGGCGGGAGCGAGGGUCUCUGGACCGACUAGCGCAGUGUCCCGGCACUCGGCGAGUUCCCCUCGAGGGUUUUAGAGAUGUGCUUUAUCUUCCCUUUCACCUAGGAGGGGUCGGCUUCUUCCAGCCCCUCAGGUUUUAAAUAAAGGCAAUUAAAGUAGCCAUUAUUUUUAGACAGCUGUUUGCCUUCCGAGAUGGUUUCCUUCUUCUCAGUAACUCCGUCUGUAUGCCGCUGGAACAGCCAGCAAAGGCCGUCCGAAGACCAGAAGCACAUCUGUUUUCUAAGUCACACGGACACCUCUACGCCAUACUCUGCCCCUCGAGGAAAUACUUCGAAUCAGAAGUCGUUCACUGUGUUUUUGGUGAUCUGUCUGUAACAGAAGCAUAUUCCCGGAGAGCGUGUUCAAGGAAUGGGUUAUCUUGCAUGCUCCGUGACACCGGUGUCUCCUCAUCGCUGUUCGACGUGCUCUCCACUCCGGAAACAAUGAUCUUUUCCUCUUAAUGACCUUGUGUGCAUUCUUAAUCCUCCAGACCAAAUCGGGGCGUCUGCUGGUUCCCGCGUGCUGGCGAGGAGAUGGGGCGGAGGCUGGAGGCAGGCUCAGCUUCACUGCUCUGUCCAGUCUGGUUUGGCUCUGCUUCCAGAGAGUUCCCACCGACAGAGCCUGUGAGCCCUCCUGUUUGUUCCAGCUGGCGUUGCUCACACUGGCCCAGGAUUCCAGAGUCUUCCUUUCAGCAGGGCUUCCUGCCUGAGGCUGGAAGAGGCUGGAGGGGGCCCUGGGCUGGGACGGGGAGCCCUCAGCUGUCAGAUGGCCGCGCCAGCCUCCGCCGAGUGGUCACGUUGGGGAUGUGUGCUUCCAGCCCCCUGGGUUCUGCUCUUGUCUGGACAGCUCCGUGCGCUGGGCGCACCCUCAUCAGCCCUUUCUGGUUCAGCGUCCCUGCCUUUGCUGUUCUUCUGUGCUCUGCCAGCAAGUCCCCAGGUGGUACGUGUGGUGCCGCGGGUGGGAGACGCCGCUGAGAACCAGCCGCCCCACUGUCUUCCCACACGUUGGUCUCCGAGUGGCGCCCUGAGCAGGGUGUGGACGCGGCCUGCAUGCCAGCGGGGUUGGGGAGCCCAGAAGGAUGCCUCAGCCAGACCGGAGGUCCCAGCAGGUCCUAAGGGAGGCCCCUCCCAUGGUGGCUGCCCCACAGCCUUCACAGCCACACCUGGCUGGUGAACUUUCUAGAACAUUUAUUUUUCAACCUAGUCCUACUCUUUUUUUUUUUUUUUUUUUACUUGUUUCUAUUCUUUGAGAAGUGAGAUUGGUUUGUCAUUUGGAUGUGGGUUAAGUGGAAGAAGAAACAGGACAUCACAGCCACCAUCGGAGGCUGGGGUCUAGCAGGGGCUGCGUGCGCGUCCCCGAGGCUCCUGGUGUGAGGCCUCCCUGCCAGACGCCCUGUCCUCACUGGUAGAAGUCACGGUUCCCGUUCUGCCUCUCACGCCCUGGUCUGCCACUGAAGCUUUUAGAGCUUCAUCAAUAGAGGUUUUUUUUUUUUUUAAUUAACAUACAAUGAAUUAUUUGUUUGGGGGUCCAGGUC